AUGCCUGGUGGAGAAUCUACAGCUUCCAGCUCUGAUCCAUGUUAUGAUUACACCACUCUUGAUGAAUACUGGAGAGACAUACGGCAAAGCCCAUAUGAAUAUUAUGAAAAUGAUGACAACCUUGUUGAAUGGAGUGGCUGGUAUCGGCUGUAUCUGAAUGGAGAAAGUGCCCAGAUGUCUGAGUGGUGUGUGAGUCAUAUGAGAUGUGGUGGUGAAACUGGACUGUAUCUCAACGACUCUCAUCCAACACUUGAGGAUGGAGUGGUGACCCUUGAAGUCAUGGGAAGUAAUUCGUUGUGGAGUUGGGAUUGGUGGUGGUGGGCGCCUUCCUCUCAGUGUGGCGACUACACAUCCACUUCCAUCCAAGUCAAAGCCUGUCCAGGAGAUUAUUACGUCUAUGAAUUCGUCAAACCCAACAUAUCAUCCCCUGGGCCGACAUAUUGUGCAGUUUCUUUCAGCAACAUCAGCAGUGAUCCCUGCUACAACUAUGAGUCUCUGGAUCGUCCCUGGAGAGCCACCAAUGAAAGUGGAGAUUACAUUUGUGAUGAAUCUUUCUCCUGGAAUGGCUGGUACCGGCUUUUCUACAAUGGAAUGAACAUCGAGAUGUCAGAGACCUGUAUUAGUUCAUACAGCUGUAACACAGAAUAUAAUCUGUGGCUCAAUGGUCCUCAUCCUCAGAUAGAGGAUGGAGUGGUGACCAGAGAGGUCUGUGGAGGAUCUUAUUGGGGUGGCUGUUGUGAUUACAAGACAAAACCCAUCAGAGUGAAGCUGUGUCCAGGCAAUUAUUACGUCUAUGAACUUGUGAAUCCACAAUUCUGGUGUUCAGGAUACUGCACAGAUGAUAACACCAUUUCAUGGCCGAUUUCCACUGUAAAUCCAGAUAUAAUCACUGGACCCAGCAUCACCUUGAAUUAUGAGCCGUGCAAUAACUACAACAUACUAGACAACUACUGGAGAAGCACAUUCAAUUACUGGUCUAUGUAUGGAUACAUCUCUGAUCAUGAUGACACUCGUGUUGAAUGGGAUGGGUGGUAUCGACUCUUCAUUGAUGGAUCAAGUGCUCAGAUGCCUGAGUGGUGUAUGUCUUACAUGUCAUGUGGAGGUUUUAGUUCACUGUAUCUUGGUGGCUCUCAUCCUCGGCUAGAAGAUGGUGUUGUUACACGUGAAAUUUAUGGCUCUCGCCAUGAUCAAUGCAGUUACUACAGAUCCGAACCAAUCCAAGUCAAAGCUUGUCCUGGAGAUUAUUAUGUCUACAAAUUUACCAGACCAACUCUUUCGAUCCCAGUUCCUGUAUAUUGUGCAGUACCUUUCAGUACCCCAAGUGUUGAUCCCUGCUACAACUACACCAGUCUGGAUGAGCCUUGGAGAGCCACUGACAAUCCUUAUAACAACUAUUACUACUAUGGCAUGUGUGAUUAUAAUGUGGAGUGGAAUGGCUGGUACAGGCUGUUCUACAAUGGCCAGAAUGCCCAGAUGCCAGAAUCAUGUGUUAAUUUUGGUAUGUGUGGCUCUUAUGAGCCUCUGUGGCUCGGCGGCCCUCAUCCACAGCUGGAAGAUGGAGUGGUCACCCGUCAGGUCUGUGUCUCCUCAUGGGAUGGCUGCUGUACUUACACGUCCCACCCUAUACGAAUCAAAUCCUGUCCUGGAAAUUACUAUGUUUAUGAAUUUGUGAAGCCACCUUUUUGUGGAGAUUACUGUGUAGAAGCCACAAGUCAGUCCUUCACAUCAGUGUCUACAACAACAGAGACAAUUCCACCCAUAGAAUCCAUUACUACACCAAUCACAACCACUGCUCCCCCUGUUGACCCCUGCUACAACUACAAUGUCCUGGAUGAUUCAUGGAGAUCCACCAACAAUCAACAUUCCUCUCAACUAAUGUGUGACGCUUGGUUCAGCUGGAGCGGCUGGUACCGUCUCUUCAUUCAGGAUCAGAGCGUUCAGAUGCCUGACACAUGUGUUGAAGAGUAUAGUUGUGGCACUCAUGCUCCACUCUGGCUGAACGGAGGACAUCCAACAGUUGAGGAUGGAGUGGUCACUCGAGAUGUCUGCGGUCACUGGGACAAUAACUGCUGCCAUUUCCAAUCCAACCCCAUUAAAGUUAAAGCCUGUCCAGGAGAUUAUUAUGUCUAUGAGUUUGUGAGUCCAACUACCUGCAGUUUGGCAUACUGUGCAGAUGCGUGGAACUUAAACAAUACCUACACUACGACAGAGACAAACACAACCGCAGAAACUGUAGCCGAAACCACAGUGACUGUUAAUAGAAAUCCCUGUUCUGAACUCAGCUGCUCUGAGGAUGAAAAGUGCGGGAUGAAAAAUGAUGUUUAUGGCUGUUUGUGUGAAAAUGACCAGCAUCACGACUCUUUCGACUUCUCAGAGACCUGUGAAAGCAGCUCUGGCUCCAUAUCUGUGUCUCGCUGUCAGCUCUUUGAGGCUGGUUUUCCAGCAGACGUCUUACACCUCAAUGAUCUCAACUGCAAAGGAACGGUCCGGAAUGGCAGAGUGGAAUUCCAUUUUGAUAACAAUGAACACAUCUGUGGCACAAAUCUUGUGGCCAACGGCACCCACUUCAUCUACAGUAACUUUAUUCUGGGGACACCGAGGAAAGAAGGUCUCAUCAGCAGAGAGAAAAUCCUUAAGCUUUCUUUCAGCUGUGUUUAUCCUCAAACACAAACACUUUCCAUGAAUGUAGAAAUCAACCCACUGGAGAGCAUUGUGCACGAAACCCUCCCUGGUGAAGGCAGAUAUCAGGUUCGGAUGACUCCAUAUGAGGAUGAUGAGUUUACCCGGCCCUUCACUGGUAGAGUGGAUGCAAAGCUCGAGCAGAAGAUGAAUGUGGAAGUUCGUGUUGAGGGGGUUGACAGCCGUCAGUUUGCCCUGGUGAUGGACACGUGUUGGGCUACACCUGUGAAUGAUCCUGAUUACAGUCUCCGCUGGGAUCUCAUCGUCACAGAGUGUCCCAAUCCAAAUGAUGACUCAGUGGAGCUGCUGCAGAACGGUGUCUCGACAUCCAGCCGUUUCUCCUUCAGGAUGUUCAUCUUCACUGAAAACUCCACUAAGCUUUACCUGCACUGUGCUGUUCACCUUUGCCUUCUGUCAAGCAAUAGCUGCUCCUCAGACUGUAACUCUGGACACCAGCGGAGAGAGGGCAGGUCUCUGGACUUCCAUGACAGCGCUUCCAUAUCCAUUGGUCCUCUGACGAUGUCUGAAGGGAACACAGAUAAGUGGGUCCCAGAUCAAGUGAAGGUAUCUGAGGCUUCUUGUCUGUGUGCUUCUCUGAUGCUGUUACUUGUUCCUCUGAUGAGUGUCCUGACCCUCUUUUCUUAAAACACACACACACACACACACACACGCAAAAACAGAUUUUUUUUUUUUUUUGUGGCAUUUUAAUUAAUGUGACACUGAUGCCACACUGGUUUUGGGUUUUUGUUUCCUUAUUUGAUGUGGACUUAGUCUAUUUACCUACACUCAUAAAAACAAUGAUAUAAUCAUUUACAUGAAUUGCUAUUUACUACAUUUAUCUUAUUUUACUAAAGAAGAUGUGCUACAGUAACAAAUACAGUCAGAUUCAUGUUUAUUCAAAUCAUGUGAAAAAAACAUUAAAAAUGCCAUUCAUGUUGUAUUGUUCCUUUCAGUUCUGUAACUUUUAAUUGCAGUGAAAAAAAAAAUCCAAACCUGACUGUCGAGUUUGACUAAAAAAAAGAAAGAGAUAAAGUCACUGUGCUGUAGUUCAGAGAAUGGACACGUUUAUAGAUGCCAAGCCUGUUAUGUACAUAAAGGGUCAAUCAACUAAAAACCAAGUAAAAAAUCUUGGGGUGUUUCUGGAGACAGACCUUAGUUUUAGUAGUCAUGUCAAAGCAGUAACUAAAUCAGCAUACUAUCAUGCCUUUAUCACCAGCAGGGUGUAUUAUUGUAAUGGUCUCAUCACCGGCCUUCCAAAGAAGACCAUUAGACAGCUGCAGCUCAUCCAGAACGCUGCUGCUAGGACUCUGACUAGAACCAGAAAAUCUGAGCAUAUCAUACCAGUCCUCAGGUCCUUACACUGGCUUCCAGUUACAUUUAGGAUUGAUUUUAAAGUACUGUUACUUGUUUAUAAAUCUCUCAAUAGCCUAGGACCUAAAUACAUUGGAGAUAUGCUCACUGAAUAUAAACCUAACAGACCACUCAGAUCAUUAGGAUCGAGUCAGUUAGAAAUAACAAGGGUUUACACAAAACAAGGGGAGUCCGCUUUUAGCCAUUAUGCUGUCCACAGUUGGAACCAGCUUCCAGAAGAGAUCAGAUGUGCUAAAACAUUAGCCACAUUUAAAUCCAGACUCAAAACUCAUCUGUUUAGCUGUGCAUUUAUUGAAUGAGCGCUGUGCUACGUCCAAACUAAUUGCAUUAUGUACAAUCAUUUUCUAUUCUUAAAUGUUUUAAAUUCUUUUUAAAUCAAUUUUUAAAUCACUUUGUUUUUAUUGUUGUGAUUAUUAUUAUUUUAAAUUCCUUGUUAUGAAUUACCACUGUGUAUGAAAUGUGCUAUAUAAAUAAACUUGC